GCUCGCGCCCGCUUUCGCGAGUCGCGGCACGCGAUCGGCGCGCACACAACGUCGCGCGACGUUGUCGUGUGUGUCAACCAACGUGUAAGAUUGCCUUUCAACUCAUCCUAUCUUUUAUUUUGUUCUUUCCUUCCUUUUUCCCUUCCUCUCCUCUUAUUUUUUCUUUGAUUUUUCACUUUAACAAUUCGUAUACGAUCCUUUUCAUUUGUUCCCCUUGGAUCCUAUCUACACCCACACCGGAAAUUCGCUCUCGCCACGGACGUUCUCUCGCGGCGCUAUUCGAAAGUGUUUUUCUUUUUUAUUAAUUAUCUCGUGCCGACGCACACGUGUUUGUGUGCCCAGCCUCAACGACCAACUAUCUCUUUCUUUCUUUCUUUCUCUUUCUUACCACUUACAUACGUCUUUUUCUUUCUCUAUUUUUCUUUUUUCCUUUUUUUCUUUCUCUUUUUUUGCCUUUCUCUCUCGCUCUCUAGACGUACGAGUAAAUGUUAUCUCUACCUUCGUGAGAGAGAAGGCACUCAUGGGUUUCAGUCGCGCUAUUGGAAUGCACUUAAUCCGGUCGAGGCCUCUUACGAUGUGACAGGUAUUCCACCUGAUAACACGAUUUCAUCUACGGCGUUCCACUGUUUCAGGGUUGAUACGCUCAUAACGACUAGAAUCUACCUGAGAGUCAUGCUAUUAUGGACAUCAGCAGCGGUAGUAACGGUAGCGGCACUAGUAGCAGCCACAGCAACGGUGGUCCUGUGACGAUUACCGACGUUGGCAACAAUAAAAAUUGCCAACUAGCUAAACAACAACACGUUAACAACGGACGUUUACAAAGUGUACGGAAGAUGAGCACUAUGCCUGAAGAAGAGGAUGGUUCGGACGACCUCGAUCCGGAUGUCGUUAAAAGUGCUCAGCAACAGCAGCAGCAGCAACAUAAUCAUAAUCGUAAUCAUAAUCGUAAUCAUAAUCAUCAUCAUCAGAAUCAGCAUAAUCACCUUACUCAUGGUCAUCAUCGAGAGUCGCAGCAAGACGUCGAUUCAGAUUCACCGUGCGAGGAGAGGGGUCGACUCUUGAGUUCCGCUGGCUCUUCCAGGAAGGCCAGGAUCAGCCAAGCCGGCAAGAUUCUCACUGGAUACGAUCCCGAACUCAGAUUAGGUUCUAGCGGACAUAGCGGCAGUACCGACAGUGUCCACGACAAGUCCCAAACAAAGCUUCAUCAAUCAAGACCGAUCAUACCGAGUGAACAGUCAGGAAGAAGCACUCGUGGGAUCGAUCAUCACGUUGCUCGUCAUCAUCGUUACCCCAGUAUGCGUUCGUUGAAAUCAAACGCCACGAUGGACGAACACCAUCAUCAUUACCAUCAACAUCAACCACCAGCUGCCAGCUGGGCUUCGAUCGUUUUCUCCGAUGCCAACGGCCAGGUUGGUCGUCCAUUCACCGAUUCCGUCUCCAUACGCUCUCUAGCAUCGAUCGGCAUGGGCUCUUCUGAUGGGCGGAAGCUCACGAUACGUAGAGUUCCCACUUCGCCGUCGGAGCUCCUUAACUUGGUACAUCCGCCGCCCUCCAUCGAAGAUGAUCUAUCCACUUGUACAAGUUACGACGAUGGCGAUGGCGACGAUCCUGGAGAUUAUCGACAACCCAGAAGACCACAUUGGGCUAAUAAAGUUCAAUUCGUCCUUGCUUGUAUCGGAUACUCGGUUGGCCUAGGAAAUGUUUGGAGGUUUCCUUAUUUGUGCUACAAAAGUGGUGGUGGGGUAUUUCUGGUACCUUACUUCCUAAUACUCGUAGUUUGCGGAGUACCUUUAUUGUACAUGGAAUUAAGCAUAGGACAAUUUACAAGACGAGGGCCAAUCGGUGCCCUUGGUCAAAUAUGUCCGCUUCUCAAAGGAGCUGGACUGUCAUCAGUGGUGAUAUCUUUUCUAAUGUCGACCUAUCACAACGUGAUCAUAGCAUACGCGAUAUAUUAUUUUUUCGCUGCAUUCAGAGCUCAUCAGCCAUGGUCAGAUUGUAAUAAUUCGUGGAACACAGCAGCUUGUUGGUUACCAGCCAAUGGUAUCGUCGAUAAUCGAACUAGGCUCAAUGCAUCAAAGACACCUUCCGAAGAUUUUUUCGAUAACAAAGUCCUUCAAAUAAGUAAUGGCAUUGAGGAACCUGGAGUACUGAGAUGGGAACUGGUAGCUUGUCUGAUAACAGCCUGGAUCAUGGUAUACUUCUCGAUUUGGAAAUCAAUCAAAUCAUCUGCACAAGUAAGGUACCUCACGGCAACACUACCUUUUCUUCUAAUUGUCGUCUUCCUUACACGCUCCCUCACCCUUGAAGGUGCCGAUAAGGGCCUCCAAUUUUUCUUCCAUCCACGCUGGGAGUUACUUGGCGACGCGAAGGUAUGGGUCAAUGCCGCAGCACAAAUAUUCAACUCUGUGGGUAUCGCCUUCGGUUCAAUGAUCUGCUUUGCAAGUUACAACAAAUUUCAUAAUACCAUUUUGGUGGACACUGUAGCAGUUUCACUGAUAAAUGCUUGUAGCAGUUUACUCGUUGGGAUUUUCUCGUUCGCAACGAUCGGAAACAUUGCGCGAGAACAAAACAUGUCUGUCGAAGCAGUCCUCAGUGAUGGACCUGGCCUAGUAUUCGUCAUCUAUCCGCAAGCUCUAGCCAAGAUGCCAGCGUCUCAAUUGUGGGCCGUAUUAUUUUUUUUUAUGAUGGUCUGCCUUUCGUUGAACAGUCAGUUUGCUAUAGUCGAAGUCGUGGUGACGUCGAUUCAAGACGGAUUUCCAAAUUGGGUUAAACGUCGUCUACUCUGCCACGAGAUGUUGGUACUUGUGAUAUGCGUAGUCUCUUUCCUCUUUGGAUUGCCCAACAUCACGCAGGGUGGGAUUUAUUUCUUCCAACUGAUAGAUCAUUAUGCCGCGUCUCUCUCGAUAAUGUUCUUAGCUUUCUUCGAAGUCAUUGCCAUAUCCUGGUGUUAUGGUGUUCGAAGAUUAUGUAAUAAUGUCAAGGAAAUGACUGGGAGAUUGCCUUCUAUGUAUUUUCGGUUUUGUUGGCUCGUAGCGGCGCCACUUCUCAUACUGGCUGUUUGGGUCUUCAGUUUGAUCGAUUACGAACCACCUACUUAUCGAAACGGUGAAUACGAAUAUCCCUGGUGGGCAGAAGCUAUCGGCUGGGGUAUAGCAUCACUUUCUUUGAUUUGCAUACCAGCCUUUGCUAUCUAUGUGUUUGUCAAAUCCGAAGGCAAUACUUUCUCCGAGAAACUGAAGAACUCUAUUAAGCCACACUUUGAAGCAUGCAAACUUUGCGGACAGGAAUAUUGUACGGAACCCAUGCACAAUCUCGAGGAAGAAACCGCGAAGGAUCUCUCUCCUCAACAGGAUAUGAUUAAUCCAAUUCAACUAAACGCGAAUUAUCUUAUCUCAAAGCCACAAUCAUGAUGUUCUGUAAAUGUAUUUUUUUUUAAAUCAAUCUCAUGAAUCAUCAAAUCGACCAUAAUCGUUGUAUGUAUAUAUAUAUAUAUAUAUAUAUAUAUAUACACAUGUAUAUCACUGAAUGAUGAUGCAUGAAUAUUUUCGAGAAAUUUUUAUCGAUCACACGCGUUUUUAUAUUCUUAUCUAAAUGAAUGCAUGGUUCGAAAGUGAACUAUUGAAAUCUUAGAUCAUCUAUCAUUCAUUUCUAUUCUCGUUUCAUCUUUCAAGUCGGAGAUGUAUAAAAUUGAUUUUUUAAAUAAGUAGACGUAAGCGGAAUAAAUAAGAAAAGAAAAAUCGGUAAAUUAAUAUAGAAUGCAAAUUAUUAAAAGAUUACUUUUUGCAACCUUGAUGACUUGCUUCAAACAAAACUCGUUUCAUUAGGAAUAAAAAUAAAUAAUACUUAAUAAGAUAUUUUUGACAUAGCAAUUAUCAGCGAUGUUACGACGUAAAACAAAAGAAAAAGAAAAAAAAAUAAAUCAUGUAAAAUAGUGAUAUUGUACGCGAACGUAGCUGUAAACAGAGAAGAACGUAAUACAGCUUUUAAUUAAUGUACACAUUCCUUUUCUGUAAAAUAUAGUAUAUAGAUCAUGUAAAAAUAAAAUUCAUCAUGGUACCAAUAAGAUGGUCUAGUUCAGUACAAAGACACAAUUUUUAAGGAAAUCGUCUAUAAAGAAAAAAAUGGUUAUAGUAUACUUAAGUACCAUGCAAUGUAGAAAUGUCAUUAAUAAAUAAAUCUUUAAUUAAUUAUUAUCGAAUAUGAUUGACGUUUUUGUUUAAAUGAAGAAUACAUAGGCAAAGAAAGGAAUGUUCAAAAUAAUCAUAAUCACUCAUCAACGUAAUAAAUGUAAUAUCUCAAUAGCAGAAGGUUCAAUGUGUCCCAUAAACGAAUAAUGUAGAUUUAAAGAAAUAAAAUUGUUAAUUAUG